AUGGGAACGUACCGCUUUGUUCUCGUCCAACCUGUGGCUAGGCCAGCCUAUCCACUGUUCGGCGUGUCUCCGUUGCCAGCGACGUUGCCCGUCCAGGCACUGCUCGCGCUUGGUGCCGCAAUCAUCAUCGCCAUCGGCCUUGCCGUCUAUACCGACAUGCUCAAACCUGGCCUCUUAGCAGCGUCGCAUCUUCAUCCAUAUACCCCAUCGGCAUCGUCCGAAAAAGGCCAUGCCUUGCGGCGCGCCCGAUCCGCUCACCACUCCGCCUCUACCUCGAGAGCUUCAUCUCUAUCGUCGACAGCACCCAGAGCCCGUGUCGCAAACCCAAAGUACAAGGGCCUCCGAAAUACAGGCAACACAUGCUUCUUCAACUCCACCUUGCAGUCGAUAUCGUCCCUGACGCUAUUUCGCAGAUACCUCUACGUUCUUGUGCACGAAGCAGAACGAUGGGAUACGCCUACGCCCGUCAUUGAUGCGCUCCUCGAGCUCAUAGAAGAGCUCGCCGAACCGGUGGACAGGAACGCAGCUAUCAACCCGGUACAGCUUGUACGGGCACUACAGGACUUGCCGUCAUCUUCAAUACGAAGCCUCGUUGGGGCUCAUCAACAACAGGAUGCCCACGAGCUCUUUGCACUCCUCAACGAGGCGGUCGAUGCCGAAGCACAAGCGAUCCAGCGCGAGCGCUCCCUCGCCCUCGACACCGAACAAGCAGGGCUUCGUGCACUCAUGGCACCAUCGUUGCCUUGGAGCGGUCGUGGUGUCUAUGCAGACCCAGCACAAGCAGGUUCCAGUCUGGCAGGCAACGGCACCUCGAAUCCACUACAGAUACUCGGCAUCCCUCAGGACAACAAACAAGCUGCGAACCCGGACGUCGUCGGCACGAGCAGCGAUCACACGCUCAUGAUCUCGCCCUUUGAUGCGCUCUUGGCGCAGCGCACCAUCUGCCUCGACUGCGGAUACUGCGAGGCGAUCCGCCACUUUUCUACUUCCGAGAUCUCCUUAUCCGUCCCAGCAUUCAAUGUACGCACACGCACCUCAGAGCUCACGGGCACUUCGGCCUGCUCGCUUCAAGAAUGUCUCGCAUUGUGGUCCGACUUGGAGCAGGUCGAUUGGAUCUGCUGGAACUGCACCCUGCGCAACACUUCGCAGGCAGUCAAGAUCGACAUCGCUGCCAAGGUCCCAACCCCAGCCGGUGCCAAGCCGAAUGGAGCAUCUGCCAACGGAGAUGCACACUUGUCGUCCAACGGCAGCUUGACGCCGGCCAAAAAGAAACGCUUGGCCCAGCUCAGAUCGAAAGAAGCCAAGCUGACACGCAUACUGCAGUCAGGGCUUUCCGAGGACGAGCUGAAGCAGUCUUCCGACGACCCGGCCUCGCCGUGGCAUAACGUGCUCAACAACCUCCAACUCAGGAAGACCAUUAGCCGCCUGUCUACCAAGCAAAUCAUGAUUUCGCGACCACCGCGCAUACUGACGUUGCAUCUCAACCGAUCCUCCUACUCGGCCUCUUCCUGGGCACCGGCUAAGAACAACCGACACGUGCUGUUUCCGGAGUACCUCGACUUGAGCGCGUUCACCCUGCAAGGAAGCAUCUCGUUGGAUGGACGGCAGACGAUGAACUCGAGCCAGAUGCAUCAUGCGGAGGGCGGCGGGGAGGAAGCCAGAGCGGAAUCGGUCUAUCGGCUUGCUGCUAUUGUGGUGCAUUACGGCUCACACUCCUUCGGACACUAUAUCGCCUUCAAGCGUGUUACGAAUGCGGAUGCGAGGCACGAGGGUCUGAGCGAGGACAGUGGUGCGGAGGCAGACAGCUGGUUGAGAAUCUCGGACGAAAGCGUCACGCGGGCUACGAUUCAACAGGUCAAGCAGGAGAACCCGUAUAUGCUGUUCUACGAGUUGAUGCCGCCACGAUCUGGGAUUCAGCAGCAGGCGAAGCAGGACAAGGUGGAGCUGCCGGACGGAUCCGCUGAUUAUGCCACGUUGCAGAAAGCGAUCGCCGGCGCGAUGGCGACGGCCUCCAAUGGGCAUGCGCAAGGCAGUCUACACGAGGUCGUGGGCGCUGUGGAUCAAUCAGGGUCUUCCAGAGCGAGUCCCGCGCCGAGCUCGAUCCGGAUCAGACCGAGGACGGUGCAUCGCUGGAGCACUCCUCCGGUCGCGUAA